AUAUUAAAGAGAUACCGUGGACAUGUUCAAGGGAGAAGCAUGCACUGAGUGGGAGUGGGUUGGCUUGUCAUAUAGGGAAGUCUUACAAUGAUUUUCUUAUCUCCACCUUUGAACACCAGGUGUCUUCUUUGUUCUAGGAGGAGAUAACUUAUCGGAACUUGUGGUCUGCUGUCACAUAUCUAAAAUUUGUCUUUGGGCAGAUGUUUAACAACCUUUAUGACCUCAUGCUUUCUGUCAUUAACUAAGAAUUUGCUUUGGGCCUAUGAUUGUUCAAGCUUUUAUGGUUUGGGAAGGCUUCAGACCUUUAGGGGAAAUUUUUGACCUAUGAAGUUGGCAGCUGAAGUUUGCAGCUCUGUAUUAACUCUUUUGAAGCUGAAUAGAAGACCAGCUACCCCAGCUUUUUUUGCCCUAUUCUAUCCUGCCUCAAAUUCCCCCUGAAAGAGUUGAACACCCUUAAUCUUUUUUUCUGAACACCCUUAAUCUUAACGGGGUACUGAGGGAUGAAGGUCUGUCUUCCAAAAGUUCUUCCUGCUGUUUUAAGGAUGGUAGACCCUGCCUGUAAGGGUGUAAAACUCUUUCCCUAAUCUAGUGAGGGUGGGGGUAGGCUGGUCCUGGUUCAGAGUAACUUAAUAUUCACAGGAGAGCAUGAGUUUAGUGUGGAAUGCUUGCAGUCUGUUGGAAACAAAUUUGACAAGUAGGUUAAACAUGCAGGGGUCAAACAUAAGAAUGAGAAGAAAAGCAAUUAAAGGACUCAGAGAAGGAAGGAUCCAAGUAGUUAGAUUAGGCAGAUGUGGAAAAGGAUUUCAGUCACUUUCAGCAUUGUAUUUAAUUUGUUGGAAUUACUCCCAAAGGUCCCCUAUGUUCGCUUGAAUUUCGCCUGCGUGGUUGACAUAGAAGCCGAAAGAGGGAGAGCUCGUUAUACUUAGCUCUGUUUCUUUAGUAGGAGCUUUAAUCCACCCAAUGGCCAACAGCUGUAGGAUUCUCUUCGGUCAGGAGGGUCUGUAGGAUCCUGGCUGGGGAGCUUGACCCUGGACAGGUGAAUCCAACUGGAGACCCUAUCUCCCACAGACCCUGACUCAGGAUGUCUUCUCCCUUGAAAUCAGCAAAGAUGGAUUCUUGGAAGCUCCUGCAGCAGUCUUCUCCUGGCGCGGCUAGGCAGAAUAUGCAACUGGUGCCCUGCUGGCAACAGUGCCAGGCAGAACCCCAUUCCAGGGCAACAGGAGCAGAGGCCAAUUCUCCUCUUCAGGAGGAAAACUUUGAAUCCCUUUAUGAGGCAGAGACCAUGAACCCAGAGUCUACUCUAUCUUUGGAGGGGACUUUGAACCUGGAGGACAUUCUCUACCUGGGGGACACAGGUGACCUUGAGGAGAUGCUGUAUGCGGCAGAGACUGGGAAGCCAGAGGAGAUGCUGUAUAUUGAGGAAACCAGGCAGCCAGAUGAGGUCCUGUAUGUGAAAGAGCCCAUGGAGCCAGAGGAGACACUGUUUGAAGAGAUUGGGAAGCCAGCUGAGAUACAGUUUGUGGAAGAGCCUAUGAAGCCAGAAAAGACCCCAAGCCCAGAGCAGAUCGUGUAUGUGGGAGAGAUGGACACAAGGGAGGAGCAAUCUAACUCGGAGGCGAGCCCCUGCGCCGAGCCCAGCCCCAGCACAGAAGAGAACCUGAGCAUAGAGGACCUGGAAUUGCUAGAGGAGCGUUUCCAGCAGUGUGUCCAAGCUGUGGCCCAGCUGGAAGAAGAGAGGGAUCGGCUUAUCCAUGAGCUUGUGUUGCUCCGGGAACCAGCCCUACAGGAGGUGCAGCGGGUCCACCAGGAUAUCCUGGCUGCCUACAAACUGCACGCCCAGGCAGAGCUGGAGAGGGAUGGGAUAAGGGAAGAGACCAGGUUGGUCAAGCAGAAGCUGUUCAAGGUGACAAAGGAAUGCGUGGCCUACCAAUACCAGCUGGAAUGCCGCCGGCAGGAUGUGGCCCAGUUUGCCGAUUUGCAGGAUGUGCUAACUACCCGGGCAGCCCAGCUCUCAGAGGAGCUGGCCCAGCUCAGGGAUACCUACCAGAAGCAGAAGGAACAGCUGCGGCAACAACUAGAAGCACCCCCAAGCCAGAGUGAUGGGCACUUUCUCCAGGAGAGCCGUCGGCUCUCUACCCAGUUUGAGAACCUCAUGGCAGAGAGCCGCCAGGGCCUGGAGGAAGAGUAUGAGCCUCAGCUGCUGCGACUCCUAGAGAGGAAAGAAGCUGGGGCCAAAGCUCUACAGAAAACCCAGUCUGAGAUCCAGGAGAUGAAGGAGGCUCUAAGACCCCUGCAAGCAGAGGCCCAGCAGCUCCACCUGCAAAACAGGAACUUGGAGGACCAGAUCACACUUCUGAGGCAAAAACGAGAUGAGGAGGUGCAGCAGUACAGGGAACAACUGGAGGAAAUGGAAGAACGACAGAGGCAGUUAAGAAGCGGGGUGCAACUUCAGCAGCAGAAAAACAAAGAGUUGGAGCAGCUAAGGAUCAGUCUUGCUGAAGAACUCUCAACAUUUAAGUCAGUUUUUGCUGCCACCCAAAUCUCAUCUAAUACUGGCUGAGGGGAUGGAGGGAAAGGUUCAGGGGAAACGUCAUCUAACAGUGAAAAACAAAAGAAUGAUCUGGGAAUUGAUUUUCAAAUUGUGCUCAUCUAUGAAGAGAUGAAAAAUGGCUCUCUUUUUUUAAAGGGUUAUACUUUCCAAGAGCCUGGAACAGGGUGAGGCUCCCACUUCUCAGGCAGGUGGAACUGAGACACAGUCUCAAGGUGAUCCUUGCAGGGAGAAGAGUGGUGUUUGCAUCCUGACUGCUUUCCUAACUUAACAAUACUAAUGCCUUAAAAAAAAGAAAAUGAAUGUGUGUCUAAAAUAGUGUGCCUAAUGACAAAUCAUUUAGGGGUAAUACAUACCUCCAAAAACACUGGUUCAAACAUUCAAAAUUCAUUUGGAAUGUCUGAGUUUCUAUUAGCUCUCAAAAUAUGCCCUAAUUAUCACCAGGAAUUCUGUAACAGGAAAACAUCUAGGUCCACCUGCUAUUCACAGUUUUCUAAGAAUAGCAGAGAAGACAGAUGUGUAAAGAAUUCAGAUGAUGGCCACAGGAGGCCAAAGGAGAAGGCAAAUUAAGUCUGAUAGUCACAAAAAGCUAAGGGAGGGUGUUGUUUAUAGGCUAAGGGGCAGGCUUAUUGCAUAUAUGAAACAAGCAACACACCUAUCUAUUAGUUUCCUUAUAUAAUAAAAUAUGCAAAGGCUGUGGUUUGACAGAAGUGGGAAAUAUUUCAUAUUUCUGACUGACAUUUACUUUUAGGACCUGGCAAAACAAACAGCACUUUUUGACCAAUGACCUAUUUAGACAAGCACUGGCUAAUAGCCCACUUUGAUGUCCUACUCAUUUUGCCUUUAACAAAGUAAUCAAAAUAUUAUACAUCUGGUUAAUAUGACAAAAUAAACAUUCAAUCAAAGAUCCCUCUACUCAUGUUCUACUAUUAUGCUCUGAUAUUCUUUAUAAAGCCCUAGAUCCCAUCUUAAAGAAACUAAGGAUUAAAAAGUCUGUAUCAAGCUGUAUACUAGGUAAAACACCCAUAAAUCUUAUUAACUUCCUAGUUAAAUUUACAUCUUGGAUACAAAUUCAUAAACAACUAUUAUAACUCAUGUUCUGGUUUUUUUUUUUUAACUUACUAGGACUUUUACUGUUUUAUCCAGACACAACUAAAUUACAUUAUGUUGUCAUUAAGGAAAAUGACAGGCUAAACACCUUGUGUGGAUCAGAUGAGAAGUAAAAUAGGGAAAAGGGAAUGAUUAAUCCAAAGAAUAACACUACAGAAUUCUAGGCAUUGUAAUAAUACUUGGGUAAAGUUAACUCUGGCAGAGAAUUUUCAGUUAGCUGCCUCCCACCACAAUCACGUUGGUUACCGUUCAUUGUUUUGACCAACUUCUCCCAAGUGGCACUAACUAGAUUUUUGAGGUUUAAUGUUAUAAAUUUUCUACUGUUAUUUCAAGUUGUACAAAGUAUAAACUUAAUCUUUUUUUCCCAACCUUACAGGGGCUGUUUAGAAACGUACGGCCAAAUCUGUACCCCAGAAACAAACAAAAAAAACUUAUUAGCAAAGGAUCACUAAGUAUUCUUUGGACAUACUUUCUUUCAGACAAGGGACUGCCAGGAACUUGGCAAGCAAUUCAUCCUGUAAAAGUCACAAUAUUGGUUGACCUGUUAAAAGACUCUAGGGCUGGCCGGUAGUAGAACACUGGCCACCCUUAGCUGGAUUCUAGUUCAUAGGCUGGAUGGUACUGAUCUCAACACACUAAGGAAUGGAAAGCCCAGCCUCCUAACUUCCAGCAGAACCCUCACGUGCCGCCAAGGAGGAAUGUGUUGGGCACACCUUGCAGUGUUGCAAGAAUGUAUCUUGCUUAUGUUGACCCAAACCAAAAACAUUUUGGAGGGAAGGGGGCACAGACAGGUCAAAAAAGCAGCAACUGUCAUUACCUGGGUUACAAUUUUGCAUUCUUGUGCGAUGAGUGUUAGCCUCUAAACAAAUACUUAUACAAAGUUUACUCUUUCUUAAAGGUUUUUCUGCCUUAUAUGGUUUAUUCUUUGUGUCAAGUUAAUUUCACCUUACUCCAGAACACCUACAUGAUUUGGAAAAGAAACCAAUUUAGAUUUUAACCUAAAGGUUAAUUAAGAUUUUCCCAAAGAUCUUUCCUCAAGAAAAUAGUUUUGGGUCAAGUUGAUCUACUCAGUCAAAAAAACAAAACAAACAAAAACUGAGUGACUGGCAAAGAAAAUCAGGCAUUUUAUUUGGUUAUGGCACUUAGUGAUGAAGGCUUUCAGAGCCUGUUAUUUCUAACCUCUAAGUACAGACCCCAGGAGAAAACAUACUGGGGAGAUUCAGCCUCCAAAAGAAAAGGUUCAAACUCCUUUUCCAAAUUUAAACUUUGCCUUAAAUUCUCUCUGCCACACUGCCUUUGACAUUUUACAAAAAGCCCAAGUAGUUAUUUAGAGAAGGAUGGGUAAUAGACUUCAGAGAGAUGUAAUUUAUCAAAGAAUAAUCCAUGCACCUCUGACUCAGUGUUUUAGGUCUUUCACUCUCCCUGGGAAGAAGUAAAGAAAGCUCUUUUCCAUAGUUCUGGGUCCAUUACAUUUAACUCUGCUCUCGGUAGUCAAAGACCAUGGAAAAUAACUGCCAUCCGAACAACUGUUCUACAAGCCAGAUACUGUGUUGGAUGGACGUUACGUACUAAAUAAGACCCAUGAGCAUGGAGUUAUGUAGAAAAGCAAUUUAUUCCAUUAUAAGCACUUGCACAGUUAGUCAUGGAGAAUAACAGGCCUGCUGGUGAAACAGGUCACCAAAAAGGACAUGGUACCAAACUAGUGGUCAAGGACUAACUCCUAAAAAAAAAAGCAAACUCUUAUCCAGGAUUAAUUUAAUUUUAAAAACGAGUAUCCGCUAUCAAGUCAUUCUUCUCAACUUAACUGGACAGUCUACCUGUGGUAUAACUGUCAGGUAAAAACAUACAUCUUUACAACUUGGUGGUCCCAAGUUUAAAAAACAACCAUUUCACAGAAAGGAAAGAAAUAAUAUGAAACAGCUCAAGAAAUACACUAACGAGCAAAAAUAUAUGGGGAAAGAGGAACACAUAAAAUAGUUUUGACUUAACUGAAGAAACUGAGACUGGUCUAUAUAGGAAAAUGUGCAUCCUGGAAAGUUAGGUAUGAUGAUUUUAGAGUAGGAAUCUAUAUGACUUGAAUCUCUCCCCUAUUUCCUGAAUAAACACAUCUGCAGUAUUAUACUUCAUGGCUCAGACGCCUACCCAACAUGGCUCUAUUCAUUAUCCACUCUAACCUGAAAUGAGUCUGAAAAACUUGGGAAUAUAGCAUAAGAAAAACAACCACACAACUAUAUUCCCCUUUCUGUGUCUUCUUCAGACCUGGGUUUGAUUCUAGAAAAUUCCUGAAGAAAAUUUAAAUAUAAGUUUGUGGCUUUGCUGAAUCAAGUCCCCCAGUUAAUAUUUAGAAAAACACCCAAUGUCUGGGCUAAUAGCAUUUGUUGAUGGCAAUUAUAGAGGGAUAGCCAAACAAAGUCUGUGUCUCAAAACCAGUGUUAAAUCAAUCUCAGGAUUGAGAGGGAAAAAAGGGGAGUUUAAAAUCACAAGUGCAGACAUAUCUAGGAUCCUUGUCCUUCUGGAUCCACACUUCCUUCAGGGUCUUCAUCAUUAUAAAUGUUCUCUGCCUGCAACAAAACAAGAAAAAGAUGGAGAAAAAGGUAUUUAAUAAACAUAAGGUUACUUCCUGAAGUCAGGUUUUAACAAUAGAUUAGGCCAGGGGACAAAACAGAAAAUACUUUAGGCUGAUGGGCCAAAUAGUCUAUGCUGCAAUUAUUCAGCUCUGCCACUGUUGCAUGAAAAUAGUGGCAGACAACCUGUAACGAAUGGGCAUGGCUGUGUUACAAUAAAAACAGGAGGUCAGCCCACAAGCCUUAGUGUUUUGCCGACUCCCCCUAGGGUAGUCCAUUGCAACAAAACUGAAGUUUGGUCACUGUUUCUUUUGGUAACUAACAUUCUUGAGUCCUUUACUUUACAAAAUAACCAGAGAUUAUUCAUAAUAGUCAAAAAGUGAAAACAAUCACUGAUGAAUGGAUGAAUAAAAAGUUAAUAUAUCCACACAAUGGAAUAUUACUCAGG